AAUUAUUAUUAAACAAUAGCAAUAAGCAACUCGUGUUGUAGGUUAUCUAGUUAGGUACUUAUCGUAGAUUGUGUUAUUUGCAGUUUACAUAACAUCGCGUUUGUAAUAAUUACUACUGAAUCCUUAUUCAGGAAUACAAACUAUAAAGUAUAUUGUCAUCUUUAUUGAACUAUUCUAAACGUUUCAUUAAAUAUUUUAGUCGUCAAAGUAUUAUACAAUACAAGCAUGUCAAGUCUACCAAAAAUUGUGGUUGUUGGAUCCUGCUGCGUCGAUUUCACUACUUAUGCUCCAAGACUUCCUAACCCUGGAGAAACACUUCAUGGUACAAAAUUUACAACAAGUUUUGGAGGUAAAGGAGCUAAUCAAUGUGUUGCAGCCGCUAAAUUAGGUGGCAAAACUUAUAUGAUAUGCAGAGUGGGGGAUGAUGACUGGGGUGUUAAGUAUAUAGAAAAUCUCAAAAGCUUCGGUAUUGAUGUCACUCACACAAAGACCACAAGAGAUAUUACGACUGGAAUUGCUCAAAUAUCUGUUGCAUCUAAUGGGGAAAAUCAAAUUGUCAUUGUGCCUGGUGCUAAUAAUCACCUUAAUAACUCAGACAUACAAGAUGCUCAAGAAUUAAUAAAAAAUGCUGAUGUUUUAAUUAGUCAACUAGAAACACCUGACGAUACCACUUACCAAGCCUUUAAGCUGUGUAAUGGUAUCAAGCUUUUAAAUGCAGCGCCAAUGAGAACGGAUAUUAAAAGUCUUUUAGAGUUAUGUACAGUGUUGUGUGUAAAUGAGCCUGAAGCUUCUCAGUUAGUAGGUUUCGAAGUAAAUUUAUCAAAUAUUAAAUUAGCCCUGAAGGAAUUAUUAGAUACAGGGUGUAAACUUGCAAUUAUUACUUUGGGCGACAAAGGAGCAGCAUAUUUCAGCAGUGAUGAUAAUCAAUGUAUUCAUAUUCCUUGUGAAAAAGUAAAACCUGUUGACACUACGGGUGCUGGCGAUGCUUUUGUUGGAGCAUUAGCAACUUUUCUUGUAACACAAAAGGAUCGCCCCAUACAUCAAAUAAUUGGUGCUGCGUGUGAUGUUGCCAGUAAAUCUGUUACUAUAGAAGGCACACAGACAAGUUUUCCCAACAAAUAUACCUUUCAUGAAAACUAUAAUUACAUCGUUCUGUAGGUCGUAAAAUUAUGUUAAAAACUUCAUAAUAUAUUAAAAAAUGGGAAAUAAUUGAAAUAAAACUAAAAUCUUA